CAAGGCGUCGUCUUCUCGACUCGCUCUCUCUGUAUAUAUAUAUAUACAUGCCAUGCCUGUCAUCCGAAAAAACCGUGUAGUAAAUCCUUCCUUGUUGUCUUUUCCAUGCAUGCAGAGAAAAUAGACAGAAACGAUCAUGGUCGUGUUGGCGACGACUCUGGAUGCUCCUCUUCUCUCUAGGAAGGAAAUUAGCAAUCUGCAGCCACCGUGUUCUUCCCCUUCUGGUCCCCCUUCUUCAUUUUUGAAAGAGACCAAGAAACGGAAAGAGGGUGGUGAUGAUGGUGGAAAUCAGGCUCAAGAAGAAGCAGGAGGAGGAGAAGUAGGAGAGGAAGUGCAACAAGAAGAUGACGAAGACGGGUCCGAUGAGAUUAUGAACAGCAGCAUCAGGAAUAACCCGCUGGUACGCCUCGCUCUUUACAUAGCUUUGGCUCACGCUGGCCUGGCUCUUUUGUUGGUUCUUCUCUAUGCCUCUGCCAAGCUCCUUGAGGAGUACUGGCGCCCCAUUCAAUGGGCGGUCCUCUGUUCCAUGCCUCUCAGGGAGAUACAGACAGCUCUGGUUCGUUUCUGGACUCACCCUCUUCAGCUCGGCCUCUUCGAGACCGUGCUGGCCAUUCCCGUGGCCGUCUUCCGAUCCGCGACCGCCACAAUCAUAGAUUCGCAGAUCGCCCUCCUUCGCCUUCUUCCGCAGCGCCAUCGUUUCAUCCAUCUGUUAGAUGACGAGCCCGGCGACAGAAUUGGGUUCUCGAAACUCAAUCAAUGGCUGGUCUCCUUCGGUUUGUUUGUUUUUGCCAACGAGAGGUUCGGAAUUGGAGCGAUACCCAUGUUCGCUUUUGUAGGUUUCAUGGCAUAUGCUGCCGGAUGCAGCUUAGGUUAUGUUGGCCACCGCCGGUCACGGAGGAAUGUAGCCUCGACGCUUUCGGCAAUUUCUUUUGCUCGCCGGAGCCGAGCUGGUCCAAGGAGCACAUUCGUAAAUAGAACCAGCAGGUACCUCACCUCUGGGCUGCUUCACAGGUUGAAAACUAUAGUGGGGAUUGGAUUGAUUAGCUUUAUGUUCUUCGGUUCUUUCUUCAUGAUCGUUUUCUUUUCUUAUAAGAUCGGAAUCGAGGGGAAAGAUGCUGUUCUGUCAUUGAAAUCCCACUUGCAGGAAAGCAAUUAUGCUGAGAGGAUUGGUCUCACGCAGUGGCUGGAUGAGAAUGACGUUCCUGAACUUAUUGAUGCUUAUACUGCUAAAUUCUAUGAAAGCAUUUCUAAGCAAAUUGAUAAUUUGGCUUUACAACAUAAUGCCACUGAGAUUGUUGAUGGGAUCAAGCGUUACCUCAUCGAACCAUUGGAGUCGUCGUUUACUUCCACUGCACCGACUGUCUCUCAUCAGCCCUUCACUGAGAAACUCCAUAACCUUCGUAUGAGGGUGCAGAACAAGGAGUGGAAGGUGAUCUUUUCUGAGAUGGAUGUUAUUCUCAGGGAGUUCCUUGCUUUGAUAUCCAGAGAGGACCUUAUUGAGAAGGUCAGGGACUUGGUUCUGCAGAGUGUUGAUGUCUCCAAGCGAAUCUUUGCUAGCAGCACCCUGCUUCUGGCUGGAAGCGCAAAUUUCGUCUUCAAUUCUGUAGUUUCAAUCGUCUUGGGAGCUGCUGGGCUAUUUAAUUUCAUCUCACAACUGAUGGUUUUCUUCUGGCUUCUGUAUUACCUUAUCACAUCUGAGUCUGGUGGUGUAUUGGACCAGAUGCUGGGGGUGCUUCCUUUGUCCCGUGCAACACGUCACCGAUGCGCCGAUGUGCUCGGGCAUGCAGUCAGCACGGUGUUGCUAGCCACUGCAAAGAUUGCUUUCUUUCAAGGGUGUCUCACAUAUUUGCUAUUUCGGUUCUAUCGGAUUCAUUUCCUUUACAUGUCGACUUUCCUUGCGUUCACAAGUGCUUUCUUGCCUAUAACCCCGCCUUGGCUUUCAUCAAUUCCCGCCGCUGCUCAGUUGGCCGUGGAAGGGAGAUUUAUUGAAGCCUUGUUCUUGACGGCAGUCCAUCAUGUACUCAUAAAUUUUGGGGUUAAUGCCAUACAAGUUGAUGUUCCUGCACAAAGUGCAUAUUUAACGGGCAUAAGCAUGCUUGGUGGCAUGGCCUUACUACCGUCAGCUUUGGAGGGAGCAAUUAUGGGUCCAUUACUUUUGACAAUCAUUGUUGCCUUGAAGAACUUGUAUGGAGAGUUUGUGCUUACACCGUCAAAGAGAAAAAGGCCUUCCAAUGCGAAAGAGAGAAGAAGAAAACCAGGCAUGCCUGAUGGGGACGAGGAGAAAGAGAUCAGAGAGAACAGUGUAGACAUUAAACCACUCAGGAAGAGCUUAGCCCUCAACAUCCUGCUUACCAUGCGGAAAUUUCGAACAUCAGGCCGUGGAUUGGGAGAUGGUCUGCUGUUAGCUACCAGCUCCACGCCUUCUAGAGUCAAAAGCUUUUGAAAGGCAGGAAAUUGUUGAUGAACAUGUUCAGUUUUACAGAUGAUCAAGUAACUCCAUGUUCCUUAAACGUGAGGAAGUGCAUAGCCUUUUACAUGUUCUUGUAUAACAGUAUAUGUAUAGAUGCAAUUGCACUUAGGGCCUAUGUUAUAUGAUCGUGUUCUAAUUAAUUGAUUUAUUAACUGUUAUGAUAAAAGUUUCUCUACUUAAGAUCAAUCAUUCACAAGGUUCAUGAUCAUUUGGGUUCUUAAAAUUAUGGGUAUUUCAGUGAUUUUCAUUCAGGCUCCGCAUAUGGAUGUAACUCUAAGUUGAACCUUGCGUUCCUUUAAUUUCCCAA